AUGCCUCUCCCAGCGCUUCUCCGCACCACAUCCCGCCUGGGACCGACGGUUGCUCGGAGGUCGAAAAGAGUGGCAUCCACGAUUGCCACGGGUGGAUCAAAACCUCAGAAUUCACUGGAUUCGAUUCUCAUUGCAAAUAGAGGAGAAAUUGCAUUACGAGUUGGCCGGACAGCUGCAGAACACGGUAUCCGGGUAACUACGUUAUAUACAGAUCCAGACAGUCGAGCUCAGCAUGCGCUUAGCUCCCCGUUUGCCUUCAAUUUGGGGUCGGUGUCGGCUUACCUCGACGGCGACCGUAUAAUCGAGAUCGCAAAGAAAGAAGGUUGCCAAGGGAUACACCCGGGCUAUGGCUUCUUGAGCGAGAAUUCCGCCUUUGCCCGAAAAUGCACCGAAUCUGGAUUGAUUUUCAUUGGUCCGCCCUACAAGGCAAUCGAAGACAUGGGAGAUAAGAGCCAGUCCAAGAAGAUCAUGACGGCCGCAGGAGUGCCUUGCGUUCCUGGUUAUCACGGUCAGAACCAAGACGUCAACCAUCUCGAGGCCGAAGCCGACAAAAUAAAAUACCCAGUACUCAUCAAGGCCAUAAAAGGCGGUGGUGGCAAAGGCAUGCGUAUUGCCUACUCGAAAGACGAGUUUCAGGCCCAAUUACAAUCUGCCAAAUCCGAAGCUAUGAACUCAUUUGGGGACGACCAUGUCUUGGUUGAGAAAUAUAUUACCACACCGCGGCACAUCGAAGUGCAGAUCUUUGCUGAUAAGCAUGGAAACUGCGUUGCUCUGGGCGAGCGGGAUUGCAGUAUCCAAAGGCGUCACCAGAAGAUCCUCGAAGAGUCGCCUGCUCCUCAUCUGCCUGAUGCUACCAGGAAAGAUAUCUGGGCAAAGGCUCGCUCGGCUGCUUUGGCCGUAGGCUACGAAGGAGCUGGUACAGUCGAGUUCAUCUUCGAUAAUGACACUGGCGAGUUCUUCUUCAUGGAGAUGAACACAAGACUGCAGGUUGAACACCCGGUGACGGAAAUGGUCACCGGCCAGGAUCUGGUCUAUUGGCAGCUGAAAGUGGCCGAGGGCGGAAAGCUUCCGCUGACCCAAGAAGAGAUAGAGGCCUUCAUUGCGAGCCGCGGACAUGCAAUUGAAGCGAGAAUCUACGCGGAGAACCCUGACCAAGGUUUUAUCCCGGAUUCAGGUACUCUGCUCCAUGUUCGCACACCCGCCAUCACGGAGGAUGUCAGAAUCGACGCAGGUUUCGUUGCCGGCGAUGAAGUCUCUGCCCAUUAUGACCCUAUGAUUUCAAAGCUCAUCGUGAGAGGCACCACCCGUGAGGAAGCUAUCCGCAAACUUGCCGCUGCCUUGGAAGAGUACGAAGUUGCGGGACCGAUCACCAACAUCGAGUUUCUGAAAACGAUCUGCAAGAGCCCCGACUUUAUCGCCGGAGAAGUCGAAACUGGGUAUAUUGAAAAACACCGCGAGGAGCUGUUCACCAAAAGCUCAGUGGAGCCCGAGCUGCUCGCACAAGUAGCUCUAGCCUGUCUACACCACGAUGCCAACCCAGUCACUCGGAAGCAGGCCAACUUCGAAGGUUCCGCUGUUGGCUUCAGCCCGGGCUACCAGGCUCGACAGAUCACAUUGGCAGACUCUACACCGGGGACCAAGGACAGCACUCCAUUUAACGUUCGCGUCCAACAAACGGGCGACAACACGUUUAACGUGGAAGUUGGCGAGCGUGUGUUUGAACAGGUGGAGAGCCAUCGCAACUCAGCGUCGCAAGCCAUCACGUCGUUUUUCCCUCACACCCGUCUAGACACCACGGUGAUCCGUGACGAGGACUCGAUCGUUGCAUUCCAGAAAGGCGCGCAAUACCGCCUCACGAUACCGCGAGCCAAGUGGAUGGAAAAAGCACUAGGGAUGAAAGAUGUCACGAACAGCGUUCUAGCGCCGAUGCCAUGCAAAGUGCUGCGGGUGGAAGUCCAGGCUGGCGACGUGGUGGAGAAAGACCAGCCGCUGGUGGUGAUUGAGAGCAUGAAAAUGGAAACGGUCAUCCGCAGCCCGCAGAAGGGGACCAUUUCAAAGGUGGUCCAUAAACAAGGAGACCAAUGCAAAAGCGGAACACCGCUUGUUGAAUUCGCGGACGAAAGCGGUGAAAGCUAG